AUGCGCCUCGCGAACGCUAGGGGGCGCCACUUCCGGGAGCCGGGGCUCGGCUUCCGGGCGUUCGCGCGCAGAGUUCAGCAUGGAGGAGCGAACGGAGACUUCCGCUUCCGGCCUCCCCAGGCGCUAAGCUGGUGCCGACGCAGUCCUGAGCGCACAGCCGCGGAACAAAGAGUGACGUCCAGAGCCAGCGUCAUGGCGGCGACCGAGCCGAGCUUGGCGGCCCCUGGGAGCCCCGCGCCGCUGCCGGAGAAAGAGGAAGGAGCCGGCCUGAGCUCAAGCCCGGAGCGUAACUCUGCGGGCUCCUCGUCGACCCCUGAGGCCACACCGCCUGCCCUCGAGCCCCCCAGCCCUAACGCCGCGGUCCCCGAAGCGGUUCCUACGCCUCCCGCGGCGGCCCCCGCGGCCCUGGGCUCCGCGCCGCCUGCCGAAGCCGCUCCGCGCUCCCCCGCAGGCCCCGGCGGCUCCCGGCCCGGCCCGGAGACGUUCCGCCAGCGUUUCCGGCAGUUCCGCUACCAGGAUGCGGCAGGCCCGCGGGAGGCAUUCCGACAGCUGCGGGAGCUCUCCCGCCAGUGGCUGCGGCCCGACAUUCGCACGAAGGAGCAGAUCGUGGAGAUGCUGGUGCAGGAGCAGCUGCUCGCCAUCCUGCCCGAGGCGGCGCGGGCCCGGCGGCUUCGCCGCCGCACCGAUGUGCGCAUCACCGGCUGAGCGGCGGAGCUGCGGGCGGCCCGGGCGCUCUCCGGUCUGGAGCCAUGAUUGGGCCCCGGGGCUUGAGCCGGGCUCACUACUCCGCGUCAAUGAAAAACGAGUUUUGGCAGUUCCUGUAGUCUGGUGUGUCCCUUCCGUUCGUCCUUGGUUUAUUUUCCCCGAGAAAUCGACCUCCUUUCUGCCUGGUGGCGAAACCGAGUUGGGAGCCCGUGAGAAUAAAGCCUUUGUUUCCUAUUC